ACCAAAAUAUCAGUGUCCAUUUUUUGCAAAAGUAGAAACUGAAGAGCAUCUUCAAUUAUUAACACUUACAGAGGAGAGAGAAGGAGAGCCAAACGAUAAGAGAGAGUAUGGGAGAAGAGUCCGAGGCUUUUGCCACGACGGCGCCGUUAGCUCCAGUGACCGGUGAGCGAAAAGUAAGGAACGACUUGGAGGAAACAUUACCAAAACCAUAUUUGGCAAGAGCACUAGUAGCUCCAGAUACAGAGCAUCCGAAUGGAUCAGAAGGUCAUGACAGCAAAGGCAUGAGUGUUAUGCAACAACAUGUUGCUUUUUUCGACCAAAACGGCGAUGGAAUCGUCUAUCCUUGGGAGACUUAUGCAGGAUUCCGUGACCUCGGUUUCAACCCAAUCUCUUCUGUUUUUUGGGCCAUAUUCAUAAACUUUGCGUUUAGCUACGUUACACUUCCGAGUUGGUUGCCAUCACCACUAUUGCCUGUUUAUAUCGACAACAUUCACAAAGCCAAGCAUGGGAGUGAUUCAAGCACCUAUGAUACCGAAGGAAGGUACGUCCCGGUUAAUCUCGAGAACAUCUUUAGCAAAUAUGCGUUAACGGCUCCAAAUAAAAUAACAUUAAAAGAGCUUUGGAACUUAACCGAGGGAAACCGAAUGGCAAUCGAUCCUUUUGGAUGGCUUGCGAAUAAAGUUGAAUGGCUACUAGUCUAUCUUCUUGCAAAGGAUGAAGAAGGGUUCGUGUCUAAAGAAGCUGUGAGAGGUGUCUUUGAUGCAAGUUUCUUUGAAUACUGUGCUAAAAAGAAUAAAGAGAAGGCCGAUUCUCGCAAGCAAGACUAAGCAUUUAAUUUGCUUAUCUUUUAAAUUUGUCUGUUUGUAUUAUUAUGCUCUCAAUCUUAAUUAGGAAAAGGACAGAAAACAAAAACUCUAUGUGGAAUAAAACGUUUGUGUUCUUGAAUAUAUUGUUGUGUGAUAUUUGUUGAAUAAAUAAAAUGAGAUUUUCAUCAA